AUGUCUACCUCAACGGCUACACCAGUUGUACCUCCGACUACCGGCGUCCGGAAAAAUGGUAAAAACUGGCAUGGCACCAAAAAGGCUUUCCGCCCUACUGCGGGUUUGACCUCAUACGCUAAGCGUCAAGAGCUCAAGAAGCAAAGCGACGCUGUCAAGGAACUUGAACGUGAGAUGAAGGAAGAGCAUGAGGCUGAACGGAAGGCCCGUAUUCAGCGCAUCAAGGACCGCCGAGAAGCUAAGGAGGAGAAGCUACGUUAUGAGAAGAUGGCCGAGAAGAUGCACCACAAGAGACUCGACCGUCUCAAGCGCAGAGAGAAGCGCAACAAGCUGCUCAAUUCGCUGAUCGGUCUUGAGCCUUGGCGUCAUCGAUCCCCAAACUCCACACUUCAACCACUUCAAGCGCUCCAAGUCUUCAAGCCUCCAAAGAUUUCAAAGCUUCCCCAAGCUUUCUUUACAGAAUGUAUCGCCAUGGAACCUCCAUAUAAAGCAUCCUUCUCAACAUCAAGAGGGGUCUCUGCCACAUUCCCACCCACCCAGAGUCAGAACCAAAGCCAGCAAGUCAGCGACGUCCAAUCAAAGUCUGAGGACCUCUCCAAAUUUGGUAGUCAAGAAAGCCCAAAAACAGACCGAAGAAAAUCCCGUCGCUCGCAUCGCCAUGGCUCCGAUGACGGUCCAAUCUCCCCAAAAGGAGAGUCCGCUUCCCGACAUCGAACCCGCCCAUCCCCAUCCCCUCGCUCGUUAGAUCCAUCCGCCUUCGAUGGGGCAAAAUCCCACCGCCACAAACAUAGCAAGUCGCGAGAUUUGCGCUUCCCUAAUCCCAUGAGCCACCUGGCUUCCUCGGCGAGUGCAAGGGGAUUGCUCCCUACCUGGUCGGGCGGGAAGGAUAAGGACCGUGAGGGCGAUGAUGGGUUGUUGAGGCCGGUUACAAGGGAGGCCACCCAGAGUCGGUGGGGGUCUGAGUCGACUACUGGUCUAUCGGAUGGUCGGCAGGGGAGUUUACUAGAUACGCCUGAGCAGCACGAGCGAUUGGCGCCUAUCCGCCGGAAUGAGAUUCUAUCUAUGGAUGAUUUGGAGAAGGUCAGAAAGCGGAGAAAGCUGGGCGAGGAGUAUCUACGGUCUGCAUUGACUUCGAUUGGGACGUUAGCGACAGACGUCACCCGCCGACUGGAUUACACCUAUUAUAACCUGCUUGAGAAAAUUACAGCGCUCAACUCAACUAUCUCAUUAUUCCAGGAACUCUCCGACUCGGCAUCAACACUUCUUAACGACUUCGAACGCGAAACGGCCGGGUUAGACCAAGAUAUCCGCAAACAGCUCAACGACUUAAAAGGCUUCGAACCACAGAUCCAAAAGGCCGACGCAUUAGAGCAACGCAUGAAAGCAGGCCAACAGCGUGUCGAAGAACUAGCCAAGCGUCUCGAGACUGUACGACACGAGAUCGAUAGCUGGGAGCAGCGGGAAACAGAAUGGCAAACCCGGACCAGUCGUCGACUACGCAUCUUCUGGGGUAUUGUAACAAGCGCUGUGCUAGUCCUUGUACUCGCUCUGGUCAUCCAAAACUGGCCACUAUUCUGGUUUCCCCAUGCUGGGACAUCAUGUUUGACAAUGUCGAACCACUCUUCGCCCUCUGUGCCACCUCAGUCCGAAGUGUGGGAUGAAGUUCUCGAUCUCGCAAGAAGUUCAGGGUCUGAUGCAGGGCCUGCUCGGUACCCAUCCAACCUUGCAGAUCGCCGCGAAAGCCUAGCCAAGGCUGGUCCAACUUCAACCGUCCGGUCAGGGUAUGAUACAACACCUGCGGAACCCGAUCCUUUGACCGUGCUGAUUGAAUUGUGA